CAAAACAACCACAUUUCACAACCGACGAAUUGCGCAAAGCUCCCUGGUCUCUAGGCUCUCCCCGACCCUUUGAUAGGGCUAUAUAGAAGAUGCCUACCAUUUCCGUCGACAAGUAUGACCUCUUCGAGGCCCUAGGUCAAAAGUACACGACCGAGGAGUUCGAAGACUUAUGUUUCGAGUUUGGCAUUGAACUAGACGAGGACACGGAGAAUGAGGAGAGACCCGUCGUGGAUGGCGUACAAGAACCGCCCCAACUGAAAAUCGAAAUCCCCGCCAACCGAUAUGACAUGCUUUGCUUCGAGGGCAUUGCCCUCAUGCUCAAUAUCUUCCGGGGAAAGCAACCCACGCCCAGCUUCAAAUUGGUCCAGCCCCCCAGCGGCGAUCUAGAGACCAUUACAGUCCUAGAGGAUACUACGAAAGUUCGGCCAUUAGUUGCUUGCGCCAUUCUACGUAAUAUCAAGUUCACCCAGAAAAGCUAUGACUCCUUCAUUGCCCUGCAAGAUAAGUUACACCAGAACCUCGCGCGAAAUCGUACUCUCGUCGCCAUCGGAACCCACGAUCUAGACACCAUCAAGGGUCCCUUCACAUACGAAGCGCGUCCGCCGAAGGACAUCAACUUCGUGCCACUCAACCAAACCAAGUCUAUGAACGGAGAGGAGUUGAUGACAUUCUACGAAAAAGACCGACAUUUAGGACGAUACCUCCAUAUUAUCAAGGACAAACCAGUGUACCCCGUCAUUUACGACGCGAACAGAGUAGUCUGCUCGCUACCGCCUAUCAUCAACGGCGACCACUCUAAGAUUAAACUUAGUAGCAAGAACGUCUUCAUAGAAUGUACCGCUACGGACAAGACCAAGUUGGAGAUCGUCAUCAAUAUGAUGGUGACCAUGUUCUCCGUCUACGCCGAGCAGCCCUUUACCGUCGAGCCGGUCAAGGUUAUCUCCGAUCACAAUGGGCAGACCCGAAUAACGCCCAACCUCUCUUCGCGGACCGAGACCGUCGAGAUCGACUACCUGAACGGCUGCCUUGGACUAUCCGAAUCAUCGGAGAGUAUCAGCAAAUUACUAUCGAAGAUGGCCCUCAGCGCGAAACCUUCCAGCACGGACCCGAACAGCCUAGUCGAGGUUACGAUACCCCCUACGCGCGCCGACAUCCUGCAACGAUGCGAUAUUAUGGAGGACCUGGGCAUAGCGUACGGCUUCAACAGACUGCCUCGCAUAUCCGUGACCAAGACCGUUGGCGCGCCCCUGAGCCUCAACAAGCUCGCGGAUAUCGUGCGCCUGGAAUGCGGUAUGGCCGGAUGGUCGGAGGUUAUGCCCCUCAUCCUAUGCAGCCACGACGAGAACUUCGCAUGGCUGAACCGCAAGGACGAUGGCAAGACCGCGGUGCGCCUCGCGAACCCCAAGACGGCCGAGUACCAGAUCGUGCGCACGUCCCUCAUCCCUGGCCUGCUGAAGACUAUCCGCGAGAACAAGGGCCACAGCGUGCCGAUCCGCGUCUUCGAGACUUCGGACGUCGUCUUCAAAGACCCGACGGUGGAGCGCCGCGCCCGCAACGAGAGGCACUGGGCCGCGGCGUGGUACGGGAAGGCGUCCGGCUUCGAGGAGGUGCACGGCCUGCUGGACCGCGUCAUGGCGAUGCUGCGCCAGGCCUUCCUCACCCACGACGAAGGGCUGACCGGGAAGGAUGUCGGGUUCUCCGUGACCGCUUCGCCGCAGAAGCGCGAUGGAUACUGGCUCGAGCCGAUCGACGAUGAGCCCACUUUCUUCCCCGGCCGCGCGGCUGCCGUGUACGCGCGCCUAGGCGGCAAGACGGCGAGGAUUGGGGAGUUUGGCAUCCUUCACCCUACUGUGCUCGAGAAUUACGAGUUGAAGUACCCCGUCAGCACGCUGGAGAUUAAUCUCGAGGUCUUCUUAUAAGCGGAAGAGUUGGAGUUAAGGGGAUAUGCUGAUGUGGAGAUGAGGCUGGGGAUGGAGGUGGCUUAGAGCUACACACCUUAGCUAGCAGCUGGCUAGGUAGAUAGUGGAAAUGUCAUACUAUCAACGAUGAAAAAUGAAAAACGGAAGAUGAAACCCAAAAGGGACGAAUGAUGAACUGGGUGAAGAUAAAAAGAUCCAGCUAAAUAGACACCUAACCUGGCUAACGUGACAUGAAGUCUAGAU